UAGCAGUGAAUUCGGUUGUGGUCAUCUUUCUUAUCGCUUACACCCUCAUCGGAGGUUAUAUAUUCCUUCAUUUCGAGCACGCUUAUGCAAAAUAUGUGAAAAUGAAUGACACGUUAGCGAAGAAAGAAUGCAUUGAAACGCUUUUGUCCAGGGACCGCGAUCUUCGAGUGUCACGGGAAGCCGAUUUCGCCCGCGUGAUCGCCGAGACGUGUCUCACUGAGCCUAGGUCAGAUCCUCGGUUAGAAUGGUCCUUCAAAACCGCAAGUCUCUACGGUUUUGGGAUUCUUACCACAUUAGGUUACGGUAAGGUGGAGCCACGAACACCAAAUGGCCGGAUAUUCACGGUUAUCUAUGGUUUCAUUGGAAUACCGGUGACGGUGAUACUGCUCACGAAUCUUGGACGAUAUCUGGAACGCUUGACACAAAAGGCCCGUCGAAUGUGCUCACGGCCAGAUGCCGACAGUGACAGUAUAAAUGGAACGACGUUGUUUUUCAUCAUGAUUUUGUAUUUG